UGAACGACUAAGCUAGUAAGAGAUUGCAAUGGAGUCUUCCAAAAAAGCAAAAACAGAUUACAUCAUGCUUGACAAAGUAACAAAUCUGGGGAAUCUACCAUAUCUACCUCUAGAAAUAAUAUUUAAGUAUUUGAGAGCCAGAGAUCGAAGAAGUUUAAGUCUGACGAACAAACACAUUCUAUCAAUGUUUUUAAACUUGAAAGAUUGGAGGUUUGCUGAAAUGAACUCGAGUGAAUUGAAGCUCUUUUCUCAAUGUAUCCGCAACAUUCGAGUUCUGGUUUUCGAAUGUUUGUCGAGUGUGGAAGGCGCAACUUUCAGAUGGUUUCUUCAAAACCAUCCAGAAUUAGUGAGAUUGACAAUUGGCGAAACUUUGGAGCUCGGAUUAACAAGUCUUAGAAGCCUACUCUCCAUGCCAAACCUAAAAUAUCUUGAUUAUAAAUGUUACGGAGACUUUCAUAGAAAUAAUCGCAAUUUUUUGAAAACUAAUAUUAAGCCGAUUAGUUUGGAGUAUCUUAAUCUAACCCUCAAUACUUCAGUUAAAGAGAAAACAUAUCUUUCCAUUCUCAUGAUGGCAGGGAAGGAAAUUAAAGCACUCCAUAUUGGGGAUUCUUUGCCAAGCAAAGCUCUAGAGUAUAUUGGAGAGAACCUAACUGAGCUCCAUACCUUAGGCCUCACAGGAACCAAUCCCAUAAAAAGUGUUGCUCAGAUUCUCAAGGAGUGUAAAAAGUUACGUUCUCUUGAAAUCCAGUUUAGAAGUAGUAAUCCAAUUCUAAUAACACAACACCUCGCAAUCAUGGGAGAACACUGCAGUCAGCUUGAAUCGCUGUGCAUCCUGGACAAAUAUAUGCCAGAGCUUAGUUUCAUCAAGUUUAUUGCUAAAUGUAAAAGCGUAAGAUCUCUGUCUCUUCCAUAUCAUCUCUCUGUAGAGAGUUUAUCUGAGCUGGUCAGUCUUAGGCCAGAGGUUCUUCAUGUAGAUAAUUAUAGAGGAAGUACUCCAUGUCUGAACACACACUUGUCCAUAUUACUAUCCGGUUUACCGAACUUACAAGAUCUAUCUUUAUCUACCGGGAUAAUUGAGGAUAAUCUUGACUUACCGGAUCAGUCAAAGCAUGGUCUGAAAAGUCUCAAACUCUCUCUGUGCCGACUUGGUUCUGAAGGGCUCAAGAAACUUCUGGAGAAAUGUCCAGGCUUGAUAAAUCUUGAUCUGGGACACAGUGACCUCAACGACGAAACCUGGAGAGAUAUUGUGAGCAGCGGUAGUAUUCCAAAUAUUCGGAGAAGCUGGACUUCUACUAGGUCUUAAAAGAUGUUUUGUACUCAAUACAAACUUUAUGUACCAUACACUGGUGAGAUUUAUAAACCAUAAAAUGUCUUGGAGGCCCUCGGCUAAGUGGUUAUCCUAUCAAUUUAUGAAAUGUCUAUUUUUUUCAGACAAACUUGUUUUAAAAUGUUAUGCCGGGGUGUUGUUCAUCUUUCUCGUUGUACUCCAGUUAAAUCUUGGUCUAGAAAUACGGUCAUAGUAAAGAGGGUUUACAAACCUCCCCUUGUUAAAGUUCCAGGUUUUGACCCAUUGGACGCUCCUCGUCAUGCUGUAGAUAAAAGCGUUGUACACACAGAGGACGACAAGUACAUGGUUUACGAGAUAGAAGAGAAAUUUCAACCUCCGCAGACUGUUAAGGUCAUCCUGCUACGAAACGUCGACGAUUACGGGGUCAAAGGUCAAAUUAUCUCUUUUCCUGACCUUGAAGUCCAUCGUGACCUCCUUCUUUUAGGCUAUGCCGUCUAUCAUAACAAACAAAAUUUGGAAAAAUAUUCCGAUAUAAUUAUACCCGAGGAGACGAAAAUGAAUUCGUCAGAAUCGGCUCGUCUGCUCGCGAUGAAAUGGUCCAAGCGAGUUCUUGAUAUUUGUAUGAACAUGGACAACAGUUGGACCAUUGAGAAAUGGCAUAUUAAAAUUGCGCUGAGAAAGCAUAGAACCUGGACCAGCGAGGAGAAUAUUGAAAUACCAGGAGGAGAAAUAUCUGGACCUAACCUGGAUUUAGAGAACAAGGAGUUCAUUGCAAUUCUUUCGAUAAAUUAUUUCGAGAAGGUUAAAAUUCGAUGCCGAAUUCAUCAUCUUGCAACGGAUCCAUCCAGAGCUAUUAAACUAGAAUCUUGGUAUUUCAGGGCCAGUGAACCAGUGUGGGAACAUGAACGCCAGCAGCUGAUUGAUAUGAACAAGCAGCCCCCCUCUUUCAAGCUCCUCACCACCAGCAAGCUCGAGAAGGACGUCCAGAUAUACAAGCAGUGGAAGCUGGACCGGGAGAAGAGGCUCGGAGAGAUGGACGAGAAAAAGCGACUCGAAGAAUAAAUAAUAUUUGUUUAAAUUUCAGA